AUGUUAAUUAUGCUGAAAAUUUAUCAAACAAGGCAUCCAGACGUAAAUGCAUCAGCUCAUUCAGCCUAUAUGGUUAUGGCUGUCGUUAUUUUUCUUGGUGUUCUGGGUGUUUUGUAUGGUAAUCAAAUAUUUUGGAUUAUUUUCACUAUCUUCUUUUUGAUAAUGAGUGUUGUACUGACAGUGGAGAUUUAUUAUAUGGGCCAAUGGAAUAUUGAUCUUUGCCUACCAAGACGUAUCUAUCACCUAAUUCGUACCGACGGAAUAAGUUGCUUCCGUCCAACAUACCUAGAGCGUAUGCUUCUUUUACUUAUUGCCAACUUGGUUAAUUUUACCUUAGCCGGUUAUGGUAUAGUUCGACGGCCAAGGGAUUUUUCUACCUUUUUACUAUCGAUUUUUAUGAUCAAUUUAUUGAUGUACACAUUUUUCUAUGUGAUUAUGAAAUUACGACAUCGUGAACGCUUCCAAAUGCUGUCUUUAGUGUAUAUCUUGUUAGCUUGUGUUUCUUGGGGCUGUGCAAUAUAUUUCUACUUAUCACGAACAACUACGUGGGAGGUAACUCCUGCUCGCUCUCGUGCACUUAAUCAACCCUGUGUUUUAUUGGAUUUCUACGAUGCCCAUGAUGUUUGGCACUUUUUAUCUUCCAUAUCUAUGUUCUUUUCAUUUAUGUUACUAAUGUAUCUUGACGAUAAUCUUUCAAAGCGUCCAAGGAAUCAAAUUUUUGUUUUUUAAUUCAAAUAACACUGUGAAUUGUUAAUAAUAAUAAUAUUGUUAUUAUUAUUACUAUUUUUUAAAUCCUCCUAUUCUAAAGUAUUAUAGUUAUUAAAUUACUUAACGAUCAAACACUUACUUAUACAACACUGUCAUUACUUUAUAUUCUUUUGAUUGAUUUAUUAUUGUUGUUUUCUUUCUGGAAAAUAAAACAAACAAACACACAAACAGAUUUAUACACUUGUUCACACACACAUACAAUACAGACACAAGCAAGCAGAUUAUAUUGUGUAUAACGUUUCGUCUGCUUUUUGUGUUAUUCGUUUCUUCUAUUGUUGUCUUUUAUCUUGACUUAAUUUAUCUUCUUUUUUUUCUGCGUUUGAUUUAAUGAAUCAUCUUUUUUUUAAAGCAAACAUUUGAAUACAAAAUAAUAAUUAAAGCC